AUGGCAGUGUGGUUCGAUGUAGAGAAGUUCUCUGGGAAGAACGAUUUCGGCCUUUGGCGUAUAAAAAUGAAGGCGAUGCUAAUCCAGCAAGGUUUAGCAGGCGCACUUAAUGCAGAUUCGGAGAAGAAGGAUCCUGACGCAAAGAUCGAUCAACAGAUGAGGAAAAUGAUGGAGAAGGCUCAUAGCACAAUUAUACUUUAUUUGACUGACAAAGUCUUUAGAGAAGUCUCAAGGGAAUCUAAUGUUGUUGGUGUAUGGGCCAAACUAGAAAGCUUCAAAAAUGGGAAGCCACCAAGAGGGAAGAUGAAAGCUAUGGAAGAGAAGUUCCACGUCUGCCGGCGGACUGUUUCGCACAUUUGGGCUGAGGCAAAACAACAACAAAGUCAAGGGCAUGCCAUAAACUCAUCAAGUAAGAAGAUAGCAAGACCAAGGAGAAAAAGAGUUGAAAUAGACCUAGAGCUAAUUGCAAGUUUAGAUUUAACAAAGAGGUCUACCAUAAGGAGAAUAGCUAGUGGCAUAAAUUGCAACAAGAGCACCGUAGGUCGCUGGAUAGAUCAAGGUCUGAUCAAAGCUCACACGAGUGCACUAAAACCUGACCUUACAACCCAAAAUAAGCUGUUAAGGUUGAGGUUUUGCUUAGAUGCAAUAGAGAUUGGCAGGCUGUCACAUAACUUGAGGUUCAAGAGCAUGCAAAACAUUAGGUUGAACCACAUAGAACUUGCAAGAACAAGAACUUCAUACAAAAAGGUGAUGUUUAUAUGUACAGUGUGCCGGCCACUGUUUGCUGAAGAUGGGAGCAUUUUAUUUGAUGGGAAGAUAGGCAUCUUCCCAUUUACAGAGAUGGUGGCAGCAAAAAGAUCAAGUAAGAACAGGGUGGCUGGCACUCUAGAGCAAAAGCCCAUAGAAAGUGUCAGCAAACCAGUUAUGAGAGACUAUUUCAUCAACAAGAUUGUGCCUGCCAUCAUAGCCAAGUGGCCAUCUUUUGCAAGCAAAGAUGUGUUUGUUCAACAAGAUAAUGCAAGACCACAUAUUUGCAAUGAUGACUUGGAGUUUAGAGAGGCUGCCACACGUGAUGGUUUCAAUAUCAACAUUGUGAAUCAAUCUCCAAACUCACCCGACACCAAUAUCAAUGACCUUGGGUUUUUUAGGGCCAUUCAAAGCCUACAAACUGAAAUUGCAUGUAGUGAUGUUGAUGAUUUAGUAAAUGCAGUGCAUAAAGCUUAUGAAGACCUAGAUCUAAUGUCUUUAAAUUGUCUUUUCUUAAGCUUACAAGGUUGCAUGUUGGAGAUCAUGAAUGUGAAAGGCAAUAACUGUUACAAGCUGCCACAUAUGAAGAAAGGUUCAUUGAUGAGACAAGAUUUACUUCCAAUAAGUUCGGAAGUCCCCCAUGAACUUGUCACAGAAUGCGUGAGACAUUUGAAAGAGAAAGGUGCAGAGGAAGGACUAGCAGAGCUAAUGGACAGAUUAGGCAUUAAUGAAGCAAAUAUGGAUGGCAUUGAAGAACUUUUCAAUGCCAUGAUGUUGCUUGAUUAA